AUCUGUAGAUAUUUCUUUUUUUAAUAUGAAAAUAAAAUACCGCCAAUUCAAUGUUGAUCGCAUUUUUUCAAUGUUUUGACCUGCAUGACAAUGGCGGAUUUUAUGUUUAUCACAUAUUUUAUAUUAUCGUUGACACUAAAAUUAUGUCCAGGAGAAGAAGAGAAGUUUACUUUAUUAGAACAUGAUUUUUCUGUUGAAAGUGAAGAACCACAAAAAUCUAUAGAUAUUAUGGCUUUUAAUAGCAGUUCAAUGGGACAACAUCGUUUUAAAUGUCAUACUUGCGAGGGUCCAAAUUGUUUACAUUCUGAUAUCUGUUAUAAUGCAGUUACUUGCUGGAAGUCUAGAGUAAGACAAUCAGAUGGCAUAGAAAGUGUAAGUAGAGGAUGUACGUCAUCAAUAGAUCAAAUGUUAUUGAUAUGUAAUAAACAAUUACCACCACGUAUAAUUCAAAAUGAUAAUAAAAAAAGACAUGUUAGUGGAUCCUUAAAAGGUGUACAAUAUUAUGUUGAAUGUUGUCAAACAGAUUUCUGUAAUGAUGGGCCAUUUCCAAUAUUACAUGAUUUUAAUGGAGAUAUUGUUGAAGAAAAUUAUGCAGUUAAAUUAACAUUGGCAAUUUUGGGUCCUAUGGUUGGAUUCUGUAUAAUUGCUGGAAUAAUAUUGUUUUAUUUAUUGGUAUGUAGGACUCGUAAAAAAAGAACUUUGACUGCAAGACGUAAUAAACUUGUUAUAGAUUCUGAAAUGGAGUCAUCUAUCUUACAUUUUUCAUUUUCUUCUCCAACAUCUACUAAUAUGUAUCAUUCUCAUGAACUAAAAGCAACUGCAGCUGGUGACAGCACAUUAAAGGAAUAUUUGGAUGGAAGAAGUUUAACCAGUGGAUCAGGAUCUGGAUUACCAUUAUUAGUACAACGAACAUUAGCUAAACAAGUAGCAUUAGUAGAAUGUCUUGGUAGUGGUGGUAAUGGUGGAUUUGGUGGAGAAGUUUGGAGAGGAAUAUGGCAUGGUGAAAAUGUUGCUGUAAAAAUAUAUUUUUCACGUGACGAAGCAGCUUGGGCUCGUGAAACAGAAGUUUAUUCUCAAUUAUUACCAUCAAGACAUGAUAACAUUCUUGGAUAUGUUGGGAGUGAUAUGACAAGUAGAGCAAGUUGUACUCAACUUUGGCUAGUAACACAUUAUCAUCCAAUAGGCUCACUUUUCGAUUAUUUAAAUCGAACACCUCAUUCUUUAACACACCAUCAAACACUUAAUAUCUGUUUGAGUAUUGUGAAUGGAUUACUUUAUUUACAUACAGAAAUUCAUGGAACAAGAGGAAAACCUGCUAUGGCACAUCGUAAUUUGAAAUCUAAAAAUAUUCUUGUUAAAACUAAUGGUAGUUGUGUAAUUGCUGAUUUCGCAUUAGCAGUAACACAAGAUCGAUUAGCUACAGAUAGAAUUGAUUUGAAACAAGGUACAAAACGAUAUAUGAGUCCAGAAAUUCUUGAACAAACGAUAAAUAUUGAGUGCCUGGAGAAUUUUCGACGUGCAGAUAUAUAUAGUUUAGGACUGAUAUUAUGGGAAGUUUGUAGAAGGUGUAUAAGCAAUGGUGUUGCAUUAGAAUAUGUAGCACCAUAUUCCGAAUGGCUUUCUAAUAAUCAAGAACCAUCUAUUGAAGAAAUGAAAAAAUUAGUAUGUUUGGAUCAACAUAGACCACCUCUUCCUAAUAGAUGGCAUUCUGAUCCAACAUUGGCUGGUUUGGGAAAACUAAUGAAAGAAUGUUGGCAUGGAAAACCUGCAGCACGUCUACCUGUUCUUAGAGUAAAAAAAACACUUGUUAAAUUAGCAGCUAAUGACACACGUGUUCAUUUAUCUCUUGAUUAAAUAGCAUGUUUGAAUACGUAUUAUUUUAUGCAGAUAUUUAUUAAUAUGAGUACAAUAAGCUGUGUGGCUUCUUCUGUAAAUUUAUUUCUUUUUUGCGAAAUAUGAAAGACAAUUAUAUAAUG